AUGGCGCGCGCGGCGGGGGUCCUCCUCGCCGCGCUCCUGCUCGUCGCGGCCGCGCGCGGCGGCUCCGGCGAGCGCGCGCUCGACGUCCGCGCCGCGCGCCUCGAGCUCGGCCUCGACGCGGACCGCGACGGCGCGUCGUCGCAUCGCGUCGUCGAGAGCGUGGACGAGCUCAAGGCUGCGUUUCGACGCGCGUCGCUGCGCGCGCAUCCGGACAAGGAGGGGGGCAGCCACGAGUCCUUCGUCAGAGUCGCGGAGGCGUACCGCGUGCUGCGAGAGAACGCGGACGGCGGCGGCGGCGCGCGGUGGAGCGAUUUCGCGCCGCCGCAGAGCAGCGCGUACUGGGACGGGCCGGACGCGGGAGGCGCGCGCGAGGGCGCGGGCGGGGGCGAUUUCUCGGGCGGAUAUCCCCGACGCCAUCGCCACCGCGACGAGGAAGACGACGCGUCGUCGCGCGCGUCGCGACAACGCGCGCGGCGCGAGCGCGAGGUCCGCGAGCAGAAGUUCGACGAGUUCUUCCGCUCGCAGCGCGCGUGGGCGGACGCCGCGGGGGGUGGCGCGGGGGCGGGGCGGGACGGCGGGUUCGCGACUCGGCGCGCGUCGUCGUCGGCGGCGUCGGCGGCGGCGGCGUCGGGGGGGCGGCGGUGGUACGAGCACGAGCAGCGGAACCGGAAGUCGCGCGCGCGGCCGGAGCCGCCGCCGCCAUCGGGCGGCUCGGGCGGGCAUCCGCGUCAUCACCGCGCCGCCGAAGACGCGCGCGAUGACGCGGGGGGGUUCGCGCCGCGUCCCCGCCAAAACCGCGCCCAAAACCAAAACCAAAAGUGGUGGGCGCGCGGCGACGCGGACGGCGCGGGGAACAACCCGAACGCGCGCGACUACCACUUCCGACACGGCGGGCGGCGCGUCCCUCCGCGCGCGACGCCGGAGGGCAGCUCCGCGUACCCCCCGGAAGGGAGCGGCGGCGCGGCGCGGGGACCGUGGGACGUGGACCCGUGGGACGCGGAGGCGCGCCGCGCCGCCGCGCGCGGCGCGAGCGGCGAGGACGCGCGCGAAUACGAAUACGAAUACGCGCGGUACGUCGACGAGUGGAUCGACGCGCGAGAGACGUACCCGCACGACGACGACGUGGAGAGCAUGGAGGAGUACGUGCGGCGGCGGGCGUGGGCGGACGCGCGCGGCGUGGGCGGGCACGACAGACGCGUCGGCGGCGGCGCAUUCGGCGAUGCAUUCGGCGCAUUCGGCGGCGAACGCGAACGCUUCGGCGACGAAGACGUCGACGGCGGCGAGCGGCGCGACGACGGCGGCCGGGACGGCGGCGCCGGCGGCGCGUGGGGCGAGCGAUCGGACGAUGAGCGCGAGGAUGUCGAGCGCGAGGCCGUGCCCGUGACCGACGUCGGCGAGGCGUUCGGCGUCGACGAGCUGUGCGCCGCGGGCGUCGCCGACUACUGUUGGGGGACGCACGCGACGCGCGGAUGA